CCUUGCAAGUUGCAUUCCCAGCCUUACCCAGAUGCUUCCCCACUUCCUCUGCUUUCAUUCUCCAGCUGGUGUGCUCGUCCCCAGGAGGACGGGCUCCCUUCCCGCGCUUUGUACUCUGCUCCAUCUUCCCACCACCUAUAAAUAUGCGCCAAUCCACCAUUCGCAUCCCAAAUCCACCGGAGACACCACUCACUCAGAAUCAAGGCGACCGAAGAUCUUCGAGCUAAGCAACCGAGAGAUGAUAAGACGAAGAUGUGUCCGAUGAUCAAGAAGGAGAUGAGCGCCGCCGAGUCGAGCCCGCCGUGCAGCUGGGCGUCGACCUCAACCUCGUCGCCGGAGCAGGGGCGCCACCAGACGGUGUGGACGUCGCCGCCCAAGAAGCCUGCGGGGCGGACCAAGUUCCGGGAGACGCGGCACCCCGUGUUCCGCGGCGUCCGUCGCCGCGGCAACGCCGGGCGGUGGGUGUGCGAGGUGCGCGUGCCGGGCCGCCGCGGCUGCAGGCUCUGGCUCGGCACCUUCGACGCCGCCGAUGCCGCGGCGCGCGCGCACGACGCCGCCAUGCUCGCCAUCGCCGGCGCGGGCGCCUGCCUCAACUUCGCCGACUCGGCGUGGCUGCUCGCCGUGCCGGCCUCGUACGCCAGCCUCGCCGAGGUGCGCAGCGCGGUCGCCGAGGCUGUCGAGGUCUUCCAGCGCCGCGAGGCGCUCUCGGUCUCGGAGUCUGAGGACGACGCCGAGUCGUCGUCGGCGCCCUCCUCCCCCGCCAGCGUCGAGCUCGAAGGGGCUUCCACCGACGGGGAGGAGUCGUCGGCGUUCGAACUGGACGUGUUCAACGACAUGAGCUGGGACCUGUACUACGCGAGCAUGGCGCAGGCGAUGCUCAUGGAGCCGCCGUCCGCGGUUCCGGCGUUCGGAGAGGAUGGCCUCGCCGGCGCCGGCGAUGUGCCACUGUGGAGCUACUAGAAGCCGUUGCACUUGGAAUUUCACAAUUUUGUUUCUCUUGGCUGCCGAUGCCAAAUUUUGAGACCGUAGUAGUUAGUGGUUGCUAAUUCUGGUAGUGAAACAGAGCAAGUUGGGAAUAGAAAAACAUAGCAUUCCGCUGAAUUAAUCAAUAAUUGGCUACAAUGGUGCUACAAUAAUCAUCCUCAAAUCACGUGGUUAAAUGUCUCAUUAGAUUCCUUUCGUGAAAUAGCACAGAGUUGUAGAGUUAGUUUUAUAAACUGGUAAUUAAUGCUCAAAAUUUCCUAGUACAACUAGUACUAGUACUAGUAAUUUAGUUGCUGUCAGUUGGCAGUCUAACGGUU